AUUGGGAUGGUGGAAGGGUGGGCCGCUCUUCUGCUGCCUAGCAAUCCAGGCUCUCUAGCCUGCCCAAGAAUGGCUGUACACACCUGGGGACCAUUAGUCGGCUCUUGCAACCCAGCCAGCAUAAUUGGUAACCCUGCACCAUCCCAUAGUUCCCUCCUCUUCGUCAUGGCAUUGAGGGCCAACUUCGAGAUCCAUUGGGGAGAGGGUACAUCUUACGUUCUGCAGCUUUCCAUUUCCACUCGUUUCAUCUUUCCUUCUUUCUGCGCUUCUGAUGCUCCCUGGGAUCAUGACACUUUGGCACAUGGGGAUCAGAGCAUAAUCCCUCAAGCAUGUCCGCUUCCAAAAAAAACUGUGGCCCUUGUUGAGAAUGAGGUUGAGUACAGCGGCAAAGGUUUGCAAAAGCGCCAUGACAAAUAUGCGGUACAAGAUAAGAGAAAGGUACGCUUUACAGCAAUAGCCCACAACACGGAGGCACGCAAGCCUAAGGAGCUUGGGCCAGGCAAAAACUAG